AGUCAGAUGACAAACCUACGCUCAAGUUGAAGACAGCGCGAGAACACAGGGAGCUAAAAAACAUAACUGGAAAAUAAAUAAAAUAAAUAAAUAAAACAAAAUCAUCGUUAAUUUUUAGGCCUUUACUCAUCAAUCCAGCUAGCCUUGUAACGUCUGCCACCAGAAAAAGAAACAAUUUGACAGAUUCAUUCAUUCAUACAAGAAGAAGAAGACAACAAUCUAUCUGCUCUUCCUCAUUCGUCGUUUCGAUUUUGCAGAUCUCGUCUCCUUCUCGAUUUAUUAUUCAUAGAGAGAUGGCAAGUUCCAAGGGGUCUCAGAAUCUUAGAAAUCUGGGAUGCACUGGGAAGCAGGCUUUACUUCCUCCAAAAAGUCCGUUUACGGGUGGUCCAACGUUUUGUUCAGAUUUUGUUCCAAGUAGUGUGAUUGGAUCCAAGGCUGUUCAGAAGCUUGGAGAAGGAAAUGUCAAUCAUCAUCGAACUUCAUCUGAGAGUUUUCUGAUUGAGGAACAGCCUUCUUGGCUUGACGACCUUCUCAACGAACCCGAGACACCUGUACGGAAAGGAGGUCAUCGACGGUCAUCAAGUGAUUCAUUUGCAUAUGUAGAUGUCCCUGUUGGUUUUGAUGUGGAUUACACACUUUGGGAUGGUGGUAGAUAUAAUAACAAUAGCAGUUUCUCUGCUCACGCCAGAGGUCCCAAGGAGUCUGAUUACCUGAGAAGCCAGCCCGUCCCCUUCUACCCUUCAGCUCAUUUGCCCAAACAGAAAAUGAGAACAUGGGAUUCAUUAUCAGAUUCCGGUGCCCGCCCAAACAGUAGUUCUGGUUGUUUGGAGAGCAGCCCUAUCACAAGAUCAGGGUCAUCUGGUAGCCUACAUGAUGCAGAGAAGGCUUAUUGUGCUGCUGACGGCAAGAAAGAUUUCAUAAACAAUUUCUCAAAGUCGUCUUCCGAAAAAAGGGAUAAUUCUCUGGCUAAGUCUGUUACCUCCGAGGCUGAUACGAAACGUGCUAGACAGCAGUUUGCCCAACGCUCUCGAGUCCGUAAAAUUCAGUACAUAGCUGAGCUGGAAAGGAACGUUCAGAUGUUACAGGUAGAGGGUUCUGAAGUGUCGGCGGAGCUUGAGUUUCUCAAUCAACAGAAUCUAAUUCUCAGCUUGGAGAACAAAUCUCUUAAGAAUCGGUUGGAAAGCUUAGCACAAGAGCAGCUUAUAAAGUACUUAGAACAUGAUGUAUUGGAGAAAGAGAUUGUAAGGCUACGGGCUUUAUACCAGCUACAACAGCAGCAUGAGCCGCAGCAGCAACAGCAGACCAAAAAGCAAGGAUCAUCUAGCCACCAGCGUUCGAAGAGUAGAGAUUUAGAGUCGCAAUUCACGAAUCUGUCCUUGAGGCCCUAAGGGUUCAAAGUUCCUGCCGAAAAUAUUUUUAUGCUUAUGGCUUGAGCUUGAGCUGUCUUCAUGGUUCCAGGCCAGCUUCUUGUGUGUCUUUCCCUAUCACAUUAGUAGCUGCUCUGUUUGUGCUUAUGCUUCUUAGUUUAUUUUUAUCUUUGUUGACCCGGUUUGACAUCUCGAUGAGCAAGUGCGAGCGAUUGAUGGAAAAAACGGCAUUAAUGAAACAACGGGUUCGCUGGAGGCGGUUUGGUCUGUCUCUGCGCACAUCAGGUAUUUAUGAUAAGAUAUUAUUAACUCAUUUGUUCAUGUCUGCUCAAUAGACUGCAAUCCUUAUCACGAAACUGGCUUCAUUCUAGGGCUCUCAAAUCUUGGGCUGUGCAAUGCUUGUAUUGUGUCUGAAGAGAAUGUUUCCUGUAAAACGUGUAGUGAUGUAAGCUCUGUAUCAACUGUCGCUUGUUUUGUUCAUCUGUUUGUGUAACCAAACUCACAUCAUUUAUCAGAAAUUUGAACAUCUUAAUUAA